CGCAUACUGGGGUGUGAUGUGCACACGGCGGCGACGCUAACAAUCGUAUGCGACGACACUAACAUUUGCGUAGAUGCCGAUAUGGAUGACGACAAUGAAUCAGGGAAGGCUGGUGUAUUCGAGACUAACAAGGACGAUUUCUUUGGGGACUUAUAG